AUGGAUGAUGUACUGACGGGUACAAAUGACGUCAAUGAGGCGGUGAUUUUGAGAGGUCAACUUGAUGCAUUAUUAAAAAGCGGAGGGUUCAGGUUGCGGAAAUGGGUUUCCAACUGCGAUGAGGUGAUGCAAGGUGUACCGGAGGAGGAUCUAGGUUUGGAAAGACAGGAGCAAAUUGAACUCGAUCCAGAUCCAGCAGUUCGGACAUUAGGAUUGAUGUGGUCUCCUAAAAACGAUGUACUGAAGCUGCAGUUUCCGAUACCAGGGGUAUAUUCAGACGAUAUGAUGACAAAGCGGAAGAUUUUAUCGAUUAUUUCGGGAUUAUUCGAUCCGCUAGGUCUUGUCGGUGCAGUAAUCACAGUAGGGAAGAUGUUCAUGCAGCGGCUGUGGAAAUUGAAAGAUGAAAAGGGUAGAAAAUUGGAUUGGGAUAACGUAAUUCCAUCAAGCAUAAGCAAGGAAUGGCAUGAAUUCCACAGACAACUUCCAAUUCUAAACACUAUAUCGAUCAAACGUUGUGUUUUGAUACCCAAUCCGAACGUUAUUGAACUUCAUGUGUUCUCAGAUGCUUCGGAGAAGGCAUACGGCGCCUGUGCAUAUUUAAAGAGCUGCAAUUUAGUAGGAGCAACUCAAAUAAUAUUGUUGUCAUCAAAAUCGAAGGUAGCACCCAUAAAAACCCAAUCCAUCCCAAGACUGGAAUUAUGUGGAGCAUUGCUAGCAACGCAGCUGUCAGCACAAAUUCUAGCGGCCAUCAAACUUAACCCAGCUGUAUACUAUUGGACAGAUUCUACGUGUGUAUUGCAGUGGAUAAAGGCAACUCCUUCAACCUGGACGACAUUUGUCGCAAAUCGGGUAGCGAAAAUCCAGCUGACCACUGAGAACCAUCCCUGGAACCAUGUUCCAGGAUGUCAAAAUCCAGCUGACCUCAUAUCCCGGGGUGUGCUCCCCGAGAAUAUUGUCAACAACAAUCUUUGGUGGAGAGGACCAUCAUGGUUGGAGAAAACACAAGAGUACUGGCCAAAUCAUCCAACACCAUUAACUACAAAAAAAGCAGAAGGGGAAUUUCUUCGAUCAGCUGCUAAUUGCGUGACAAUGCAGCAAGAGAGGUUUACAUUAUGGUACCUCAGUAAGUUUUCGACAUUCAGUAAUCUGGUUAGACGUACCGCCUACUGGCUUCGCCUUAUGAAAAUUUUGAAACAGCCGAGAAAAAGCUGA